AUGGCAGAUCUCAUAAUAACACCCGAGCAUCUUCUUGUUGUGGGUGCAAUGGUGGUAUCGUAUAUCCUUCUUGUCAAUCGUCUUCGUUUCAAACGAGCCCGUAAGAUCGAGUCGAAGCUUAGCGGACGUCCUCUGUCUAGCAUGACGGUGAAGGAAGCCCAUGAAAUUAUUCGCGAGCUGCGCGAACUGGAGUUUCCCUACACACUCCACAGCGCAAUGAAAUUAUCUCUGUUAAAGACCGGAUCGAUUCCCACCAUGACCAAGUUAUUUGUCGCUACUCGCCAGUUGAAUGAGAAGAACGCAUCCAAACGAGCAGCGGAUACCGAGGUGGUUCUCAAUGAAGUCCACGAUAGAGAGCCCGGAUCUGACUCCCACCUUAUGGGGAUUGCCCGGAUGAACUACCUACAUGCGCGGUAUCGUAAGGCGGGUAAAAUCCUAGACGAAGACAUGCUGCAUACUCUUGGGUCUGCUGUCGUGGAUAUUGUCCGAGGUGUCGAUAAAGAUGAAUGGCGCCAACUGACCGAUGUAGAGAGAUGUGCCAUUGGUGUGUUUCACAAGGCUCUUGGAGAUGCUAUGGAAAUCUCCUUCACGUUCCUCCCCUCUCAUAAGACUGGCUGGAGGGACGGGAUACACUUCGCCCAGGAAAUUUUUGACUGGACUCUGGAAUAUGAGAAGGUGGCAGCUCAGCCAACAGACUCAACGCGGUAUAUCGGCCGGCAACUUAUGGAACUGGCCAAGUGUAAUAUGCCUGCCCCGCUGAAGCCAUUGAUCGAGAGCAUCAUCGUUACAAAAUUGGAAGAGCACUCUCGAAUCAGCAUGGGAUUCGAAAAGCCAGGUUUAGUUGUCACGGCAUUUGCCAAAGGCAUUUUGACAAUGCGCAAAUUUAUACUGCGAUAUCUCAGCUUACCGAGACCGGUUCCUAAGGCUGUGCGGGUUUUGAGUGAAUCCCCAGACCCAAAAACUGGACUGUAUACAUGGAAUCUCUGGAUUGAGCAUCCAUGGUAUGUAAAGCCUACGUUUUCGCACAGAUGGGGCCCGAAGGCUCUCCUAGUACGGCUUUUUGGGAACGGGGCUAUCCCUGCAGCCAAUGGUUCCUACAAAGAGUCGGGAUAUGACCUGCGUACGAUUGGCCCUGCAGCGCAGGAGAGAAAGGGACAAGAUGAAAUGGAGGCUAUCUUCCUGAGCCUGAAGGGAACUAAUUAUGCUGCUGGAUGUCCUUUCCAUGCGUGA